CUGCCGUGCUGGGAAGAGUCGGCCGUUCUCCUGGCAGCGGCACCGACGGCACCGACGGCUCCGUCUCCGCCCAGAGCUGCCCGCAGGGCUGAGCGCCGCCCCGGGAUGCGCCGGGAGCAGCGGCCCGGGAGGUGACACAGCGCCGACGGCGCCGCUCGGAGAGACCUUGAGUGCUGGAGAGGAGAGCGACGCGCGGGGGACACAGAGCAGCGCAGCCAAGCGAAGGCCGGGUCCGCCGUCCGCGGCCGCGAGAGAAGAGGAGUUCCGGGCUCAGUCGGGCUGGAACGACUGCCUGGGCCGGGCCGCUGGGCGGGGCGGAGCCGCCGCCGUGAUGGCGCGGGGCAGGGGGCGGCCGCAGGACGGGCUGGGCUGGGCUGCGUGCGUGCCGUGCUCUGCGGGUCGGACGCGGCUGCCGGCUGGGUUGGCGAGCCCGAGGGCGGCAGCGGGAGGCUUACUCUCGCCGAGGCAGGAUUCCUUUUGCCGGCUUAUAUACCGGUUCUUAAACAAAUGGCUGUUGUUAAAGCAGCCAACCUGCAUCACCAGCACGGCAGGUUUGCUGGGCCAGACGGGCUGCAACGCAGGCAGCAACUGUUCCCAGGCGUGUUGCAGCCCGGGUUGUAAAUCGAGGGGCACAGGAAGGGGUUGGAGCUGGGACAGCGAGGAAGUGAGCAGAGGAGCUCAGCGUGCUCUGCUGCCCGCUUGGCUCUGUGUAACACAGCGCAGCUGGGACUGCGUUUCUCCCUCUGGACUACGGCAGACACGAGGUGACCUCGCUCCGCAGCUCUGCACGCAUGGAUUGAUGUGUGACCUCGAGAGACAUCCCUACCUGAGGGGAGAUCCCAUUGUGCAGCCCGCUGCUGUGCAGGAGAGCUCCAAGGGCACUUGGGCUGCUCCCUGUUCUGGGGCUCCAGUUGGACUUCUGCCUUCUGGCCGUGAUCAUGUCACCUGCAGGAGAGCAGCAGAUGGCCACAGCACAUCCGUGUCAGGUAGGGGCUGGGGGCAGCAGUUGUGCUUUUAUUGUGGGGCGGGACUGAGAGUGGAGUUGUUGGACAAGCAGCUGUGCCAGAAUCAGGAAAACAUUCUUAUGUCCAAUGUUUCUAUCAUUGAAGCUCCACUUCCAGCCCCCAAACCCAUGCUGAUCUCCCUGCUUGAAGGAGGGGAAGACCCUUGGGUCCCAGAUGUGUGUAGCCCUGAGGCCGUUCCAGGAGACCUCAGCCCAGCAGGAAUUAGGAUUGCAGAUAUGUUGGAGGAUCUGCAGGAAUAUGGUGUGGUCAAAUGGCAGUGGAGUGGCAUCUCCGUGGAGGAAAUCAGAAGGGAUGUCCAAAGAGGCCUGGAGGAAGGUCAGGGUGAGCACAUCAAGAAGGCACUGGGAAAGCAUCUGGGAAAGACAUCAAGGAACUCACUGGACUUCAGUGUAGGUCAAAAUCAGCCUGAAGACUGCAGCAGCAUGGGUGUGUGGAAAAAGAAGAAUCAGUGUGCUGAGUGUGGGAAAAGCUUUAAUAUAGAUUCCAGCAUUGUUAACCACCGGUGCAUACACUCAACAAAGAGCCCGUACAAGUGCUCUGAUUGUGGAAAGUGCUUCAGAUGGAGAUCCCACCUAACCCGCCACCUGCGCCUCCAUACAGGAGAGAGACCCUUUAAGUGUCCUGAAUGUGGGAAGAGCUUCAAAAGAACUUCUGAAUUGAACCAGCACCAGCGCAUCCACACAGGGGAGAGACCCUACAAGUGUUCUGAAUGUGGGAAGAGCUUCCAAAGAAGUUCUGAUCUGAUGCACCACGAGCGCAUCCACACAGGGGAGAGACCUUUUUUGUGUCGUGAGUGUGGGAAGAGCUUCAAAAGCAGUACUGAAUUGAAACAGCACCAGCGCAUCCACACAGGAGAGAGACCAUACAAGUGUCUAGAGUGUGGGAAGAGCUUCAAAAGAAGUUAUGAAUUGAAGCUGCACCUGCGCAUCCACACAGGAGAGAGACCCUAUAAAUGUCCUCAGUGUGGAAAGAACUUUAAAAGCAGUUCACUAUUGAAGCGCCACCAGCGCAUGCACACCGGAGAGAGACCCUAUAAGUGUCUUGAGUGUGAGAAGAGCUAUAAACACAGAUCUAGUCUCAAUACCCACAAGCACAUCGGCAGCACACACGGGCUUUAGAAGCAUCCCAAGACACGGGGAACCUUCAGAAGCAGUUCCAGCCUUGUUACCUACCAGCACAGCCACACAGGAUACAGAGCCUGCAAUGCCCCAAAUGUGGGCAGAGCUUCAGCCAGAGCCCCAGCCUGGUCACCACCUGUGGCUUUGUGUGGUGAUGAACCUUACAAAUCCCUUGAGUAGAGGAAGAGCUCUGUGGCCAAACUGAAUCCCCUUUCUCAUUCUUUGCAAGGGUAUUACCCCUGUUGCUCUCAUUCAGCUGCAGUCAAGGUAUUGUGUGGACACUCUAAGGAGAAUCCAGAGUGGGAUUUGUCACAGCCACUGGAAACCCUCUGCGGCACAUUUCUGUCAGGUCUGUGUGCAGGGAGAUGCCUUGGAAUUCACUUCUGAUCUCCCCUGUAGAAACUCAUCUGCUGUGGGGGAGCAGGUGAGGGCCCAAUGGAAAUCUCAGCUUGGCUGAUGUGUCACAGGAAGGAAAAAAUUCUGUUUGCAGGCAGUGUGGGAAGAGCUUCAUCUGGAGCUCAGCCCUCAGUAGAUCCCAGAGGAUUCUGGUGAGCCCAAGGAUGAGGGAGACCCAGAUACUUCUCCCCACACAGGAGGAGUUUGCAAAGGAGGUGGCAUCACUGGCACCCUCUGCAGAAGGGACUUAAGCCAGGAGCUUCAGAUGGCCUUUCCUUGCUGCCCAAAGCAGUUCUCUCACCAUGCCCGCUUUCCUCUUCUGCUCUUCCUGCCAGCAGCUUUUUGAUGCCGUUUCCUAAGGAGAAGCGGCUGUGUAGGGAUGUUCUGUGUGUCUGUGUGCUUGUGUUGCUCUCAGUAAUUUGAGUGCACUGAUGAAUCUGAGAGAAGGGUCAGGAGAGCAGUAACGUGGCUCUUGGAGGUUUUCUGAGAAUCAUCUGUUGAGUAAUGGGAAAGGGGUGAAUAAAGUGGCUGAGUUGUUAUGACUUGAAUGGGCACCAGCACAUCCACGCAGGGGAGAGACCCUACAAGUGUUCUAAGUGUGGGGAGAGCUUCCAAACAAGUUCUGAUUCACCGUUUUCUUGCUUGUUGUUCUUAAAAUCAAUGUCGGCAUGUGGAAUGAGGAGAAGGAAAGGUGCAAGCAGGGUUUGGUUUUGGUGCCUCCUCCAGCCCAGUGCUUGCUUCUGGGAAAGGCAUUUCUUUCACACAACCCUAUCAUCCUUCCUGCACAUUGGUUCUACUGCUCUUCCAGAAUGCUUUAAUCAGCUGGUCAGAGCAGCUGUGACACCAAGCCUUGUUUGUCUCCAAUAAAACUACAAAAAGCUGAGCUUGUUUUUCCUAAAUUCACUAUCCCAGGUUUCUGAAGGUGGUAGGAAGAAAAGGCAGUGCAAUUCCACAGGGUGCACCAGUAGCUCAUCCCCACAGCACAGAGAUAUCAGAGUGUUUUCCAGUGUGUGCUUGCCUUGCAAGUGAUCCCUUUUGAGCUUGAAGGUUUUUGCUUUGACCUUGGGAAGUUGUGUCUGAGAUCUCCUGCAGCAGGGCCUUCACAUUUGCUGUGCUCAGCUAAAGCUGCUGCGCUUGGAAUGCAGUUUGCAGAAAGUGGAGGUUGAUGUUGGUGAGCCAGUGAAGCCAGCAGGAGUUUGCCUAUGUUGUCAGGUGAGGUUCUCUGAAUGCUCCCUGACCUCCCCAGGAGGCUGCGAGGAGAUGAUGAUUGCAGUACCGAUGAGCUCUGCUUCCUCCAUCCCAGGGAGCAGGUGCCUGGUCUGGUGCAGGAGAGGUACAGCAGGGCCCUGGAGGUGGCAGGAACUCACAGCUCCAAGGGAAAAUGCAUGGGGAGGAAGCAAGCAACUGCAAGGUGUUGGGAUCCCCAGCAACAGGAUACAACCACCCAGCCAUGAGCUGGGAUGAUUUACUUUUCAACUGCAUCCAGUGAAUUCCUGUCCAGUGGCAUCCCUCAUGUGUCUCCUCUUUCCUUUUAGGUUCCCCCAAAAAGCAUUCUCGCUAUUCUGUGUUUUCAUCUUACAUCACCGUAAUCUCAGAACUGCUGUGUUGAUUCGCAUUGGGUAGAAAAAAAAAAUAAAGAGCAAAGCAGGUUUUCCUCUUUGAGUCAUUUUAACUGCUGCCCUCCUCACAUGUUUUAUCACACAUCAUGUUUAGUUGCAUUCAGAAUUAAAAAAACUCAGUUUUUUUCCUCUUCAAUGCGUAGCAAGUCAAGAAGCAGGGCAGAAGUCCAGCUCCUCUGAGCAGAGAUAUUCAUUUAGAGUUUGUGAGGAAAGGAAUGUGAAUGGAUACACAGAGUGAGGUAAGCCUACGGGGCAGGAACUGACUAUCAACCUGCGUGGGAUUUGCUGCUCCAGUUGUAGGCAUGUAAAUGUAUGGGCUGUGGGGUUUAUCCAAGGGUCUUGGGAAUCUCAACAUGUUGACUGGAAGCUGGCAAAUAUCUCAGUUUCCAAGCAGAGCAAGAAAGAUGACCUUGCUAAUUACAGGCCAGCUGGUCUCACUGUGGCACCUGGCAAAAUUAUGGAGGAGAUCAUCCUGGGAAUGACUGAGAAAUACUGCAAAGCCAACACGCUCAUUGGUAACAGCCAACACGGGUUCAGGAGAGGAAAGUCUUGUGGAUAAAUUUAAUUUGCUUUGAUGACAGAUUUACUCCUCUAGUGUUCACCAAGGGAAGCCCAACAAAGCUUCUGCAAAGGAUUCUCACAGUAUUCUUGUCGACAGAAUGUUUGGCGCACAGCUGACCUAGAGCAUAAUGCUCACAGUCCCAUAGGAAAUGGAGUUACAUCAGGCUGGUGGCCCAUUGCUUAUGAGAUUCCUGACAACAACAUUUUGAUGCCAAUUCCCUCUCAGCCUUCCCUACAGCAUGCUGAACAAGCCCAGGUCUUUCUGCCUUCCCUCAUACGGGAUAUUCUCUGGGUCUCGAUCAUUUUUAUUGUCCUCCACUGCACUCCUCCCAGCAGUU